AUGAAUUAUCUGCUUCCGACGCUAAGGAAGAAGGAAGAGAUCGAUCGGAUCAUUAGAGACACGAUCGAUAAAGUGCUUGUUCUACGAUUCGGUCGUUGCUCCGACAAUGAUUCUCUUCUGCUUGAUGACAUUCUUCAGAAAUCGGCGAGAGAUGUUUCGAAAUUCGCUACUGUAGCUUUGGUAGACGUUGAUUCGGAGGAAGUUGAGGUUUACGUUAAGUAUUUUGAUAUCACUUUAAUCCCUUCCACUGUCUUCUUCUUCAACGCGUGCCACAUGAAGUUGGAUUCUGGAACUGCGGAUCAUACCAAGUGGGUUGGUAAAUUCCAUGAAAAACAAGACUUUAUUGACGUUGUUGAGGUGAUUUUCCGAGGAGCUAUGAAAGGGCAGAUGAUUGUUCAUUGCCCGAUUCCGCCUGAGAGAAUACCAAAGUACCAACUCUUGUACAAGGAUGUGUAG